GUACCCAAUUAUGAAGUAGAAUUUGUGCUAUCUGGUCAUACAAAGGCAGUGUCCUCUGUGAAAUUCAGUGCAGAUGGCUCGUUACUGGCCACUUCCGGUGCCGAUAAAACAAUCAAAAUAUGGAGUACUUGUGAUGGAAGGAUUGAGAAGACGAUCACUGGGCAUAAAUUAGGCAUAUCGGAUAUUAGCUGGAGAAGUUACGAGCCCUACCACCAGCAGGAAGGAGGAAAAUAG